UGUGUGGACGGGGGCUCUGGGUCAGAGUCCUCUCUGAAGAGGGUGGCAGUGGUGGAGGACUUCUUUGACAUCAUCUAUGCCAUGCAUGUAGAGAUCAGCGUCGACCCCGGCAAAACACCCAAACACGCCGGACAGAAGAAGACCUACAAAGCGGUGAAAAUACACUCUUUAUCUCUCUACCUCUCUAUCACACACACCCUCUUUACCACUGUCUCUCACUCGUUCCUUUCACCCAAUCUUUCUCUCUACCUGUAUCUCAAUACCUUUUACUUUAUAUUUCUCUCCAUCUGUCGCACUCUUCCCCUUUACUCAAUCUUUCUCUUCUAUCACACAGUCACCCUGUGUGUCUACAACUGUAUCUCUCUAUCUUAGCCUGCUGCCUCUCUCUCUCCCUUGGCUCUGUUUCUAUCGGACACUCUUUUUCAAUCGCCUGUCUUUAUGAUUAUUUGGCAAUAUAUGUUCUGUUCUCUGUUCCUCUUUCGGUCUUUAGUAUUCAUUCCUGUUUCGUGACCUGUUUCUCUCUCUCUCCGUCCAUCUGGUUUUUGGUGUUCAGACACAAUCAAUAACACUAACAAUCACUUUCUCAGAAUCCCAUUGAAAUGAAUGGGAUAGUUUAAAUAGAUUUGUAAAAUACUUCUAGACCAUCCUUUGAAUAUUUUCUUACAAGACAGCAGGCGUCACCAUUGACCCGGAACAUUCAUGUUGGCAAUUAUGUAUUUUUCUCUUUAGUUCAUUCACUGAACCGCAGUUUUCUGUAUUUCAGAUAAACUAAAAUCUUUCUAUUCAUUUCCAGUCAAAAACUGAAAAAAACGCAAUCUCUGUGACAUGUACCGCCUCCGUAACUUUUUUUUACCUCACUUCAUUACAAGAAAAUGCUGCAACUUCCCAAGAUUUUUUAAUUUUGUGUGUGUGAAAGAAAACUUUUCUCACUUUAGAUUAAAGGGGUCUGGCAAGGAUAUUAGAUUCCAGUGCAAAGCUGACCUUGUGGUCGUUGGAAGAAGGUAUUUCUCUCUCUCCCCCUGACAACUAUUCAGCAAUUCUCUCUUUGAGCAUCGCCACAGUCGCUGAAGGCCAGAUGUCUAGUUAUAUUUAGAUUAAGGGUGAUGACCGCAGUGCAAAGCACACACCUGGGCAACAUUGUCCAUCGUUCCUUCCUAGCUUCAUUUCAAAUGGGGAGAUUUCACACGUCUGCCAUUGGAAAAUGUGCUUCCGCCCUGUACUAAAGUAGAUGGGACAAAACCUUACAUUUGCCCAGUGUGUUGUAUUGGGAUACUUUGCCAUCUCAAUUGGUGAUACUGCCUUCUUCUGGUUGAACAUGGUAACUGACUCUUCACCCCAGUACUGUACAGAACAUGUACUUUAAAUUUUUAGGAUUUAUUUUCAUUUCUAUUAGAUAAGAAUGAAACGAAUGAAUGAAAUGAAGAAUAUCAGUAUAAAAUGAGCAGUGAGUAAACAGAGCUGUGACUUUGUAAUGAACAGAAUACUUCCAAUUUAUUUCACUGCCUAUUUACUGUAUUUAUGCUCUGCACACUGCCAUGGCUUCCAGGGUACUGUGCCACACAGUGGGCCAUGAAAUGUUUAUUACACACACACACACACACACACACACACACAUUCCACACUGCAGGACACAUAUGACUGGUUGUCCCUGUCCUUCGCUGGCAGUGCUGCUCAGCCAACACGCUGCCUACUUCUCCUCUCUUUAUGGUUCUCCAGACCAGAUAGACAGAGCUGCAUUGGUGGCCCAGGGCAGACCCACCGCCACAGGCCCUUUCCAGACCCACGGUCUCACUCUGUAGGCUACAUGGCUCUCUUUCUGAGAUUCUAUUGGGACUGGGAGGACAAUGGUGGUGGUAGCUAGCCUGUCGUCACACACAGAGAGUCAACCCCUCUGGGGGGAGUCGCUGCCUCGUCCCCCAACCCCCUCCCAUGGCCGUAACUACAUAUGAGGCCGCAGAGGUCCAGACCGCGGUAAUUUUUUCUAAUUUGAAAAAUAAAUACAUAAAUAUAUGUUGAACACAAUAAAGAAAAUCAAUUAAGGGUCAACAUCGAAAUAUUUCUCCCAGCAUUGAUCAAAGCUCAGAACGCUUAUAUUCUUGAUCUGACUGAGUUCUAAUCUCGCCUGCCUCUUUGCGAACGAGUGGAAUCAUGACCAGUGGUUUGUUCGUUAUGUUCGCCUGCGUCCCCCGGAUUUGCUUCCUGGAUUUGCCAUUUAGCAGCACAUUCACCACUCUCUCAAACUCUCUCUCCGCCCUCUCGCGGCACAGGUGGAGGGCUUGAGACGUGAAACAAACUACUCCAGCUCGCACUCGGCUCAAGUAACCUAGGCAACUAGAGAGGCAGAGACGCUGAUGACUGUGUUUGCGAGAUGCCAGACAAAAGGCAAUUUUAAAACCGUCCCGCGACUCCUGCCGUGUCUACAUACAUCCCCCAAACAAACAAAUAAUGACUCUCUGUGUCAUGAGCCUCUCACUCCACCGGGUUACCACCUUAAUUUUCUUCCACUCUGCUCACCACUCUCUCUACUCAGCCUAACUAGCUCCACCUGUCCCUGCUCUGCUCUGCUCUAAUUACUCUGCCAGCUGCGCUGCAUUACCCACUACCUCUCCCAGUAUUUAAGGCCCUGUCUUUCAGCUCUCCGGUGUCAGAUCGUCUGCAAAGCUCACACCCGGAACCUGUUUGCUCGCGCUUCUGGCUCACCCUGGUUUUGUGACCCCGGACCUGCCUGAUUUUUGGAUACUCUUCUGCCCCAGGAGAUCCAGACCUGCUUCUGCCAUAACGACUCCUGACUACUCUUCAAUCCCGGUAACUCUGACCAGCCUUCUGCCUUGCUACUACGUAUUUUGGAUUUCCCUUGAACUGUACUGCUGCCUUGUUUCAUUCCGCCCUGUUGUGUCUGUGUCUCCCCCCCCCAGGACUUCUGGACCACCCACCACCGGCUUCAUAGGACGCAUCGCUGCCACUGGGGGGGGCACAGACCCAGCACAUUGGACGGGAUCCCUGUUACCCCUGGAGCCUUCAUUCACUCCCUACUUCCCUUUUCCCUUAAGUUUUAAUAAACUUUCUGGUGUGAUGCAAUUGUGGUCCUCUGGUCGUCUGUCUGAACCGUGACAGUACGAUCUGACCAUUAUGGACUCAGCGCACACUUUCCCCGACAUGGAAACCGAUGAGCAUGAGCAGCAGUUCCAGCAGCAGCAACAACAACUCGCCAUGAUCAUUCAACUCCUCACCAACCUUACCCCAGCCAGUCUGCCCACCAGCCCUGCCCCCGAGUUACCUGCCCCGGUCAUUGCAGCCGCUGCUCCGGAACCCAAGAUUGGAAACCCCGAGCGGUUCAACGGCGACUCAACCCAGGUCCGGCCAUUCCUGACUAGCUGCCGACUUCAGUUCUCCUUGCAGCCAAGGACCUUCGCCACGGAGGGGGCUAAAGUUGGGUAUGCCAUCACUCACCUGACGGGCCGAGCUCGACUCUGGGGAACAGCAGAGUUCGAACGUCAAACCCCCGCAUGUGCAACCUUCGACCUGUUUGCUGAGGAGAUGCUGAAGGUGUUUGACCUGGAUUCACCAACCGCAGAGGCGUCUCGUGAACUGUUCAGUAUUCGACAAGGCAGACGUACAGUCGCAGACCAUUCCAUCGACUUCCGAACCCUGGCUAGACGAAGUUCUUGGAACACACCAUCGUUGGUGGACGCGUUCUUCCAUAGUUUGGGCUGACUAUAUCAAGGACGAGUUGGUCUCCCAUGAACUGCCUUCCACUCUUGAUGAAGCCAUCGCACUGACUGUCAGGAUCGACAGAAGGAUACAGACCCGUCGUCGUGAGAGGGGGGCGCCAAGGUCCACCUACUACCGGCAUUCGGAGAGAUCCGACUGGGCUCCUGUCAUCUACUGCCACUCACCCAGGUCAGUUUGAUCAGUCUGAGCCUAUGGAGAUUGGGCGAGCCUCUCUCACUCCUGCAGAGCGCCAGCGCCGCUUCACCUCAAACCUCUGCCUCUAUUGUGGAGGUGAUGGACAUCGUGUGGUAACCUGCCCUUUAAAGGGCCGAAGCUCACCGGGCAUAGGGUGAGUCCGGUUGAGUUCAAUGACCAUCCAGUCCUCCGACCGCAAACCCCUGCUGCAAGUUCACCUCCGCCUCUCUGACUCACUCACACCCUGGCUGCUCUGGUGGAUCUGGCGCCGAAGCCAACAUAAUGGACAUCAAGCUGGCACGCCAACUGGGACUGGAGAACCUCCGUUUGACACCUCCUAUUUCCUGCCCGGGCACUGGACGGACACUUACUCGGAUCGGUCACUCAUGUCACGGCCCCGGUCCUCGAUGGGUCUGUCCGGAAACCAUCAAGAAACUAUCCAGUUUCACCUGCUCCCCUCUCCAGGCCAACCCCUCAUCCUGGGUUACCCAUGGCUCCGCCGGCACAACCCUCAGCUCGACUGGGUGACCGGGGGUGAUCAGGGAGUGGGGAGAAGGACUGCCACCGAACCUGCCUGCUUGCUGCCGCACUACCCCCCUCGGCCAGUACCUACUAACUCCGCUCCUGACCUCUCCAAUGUCCCAGAAUGCUACCAUGGUCUCAGAGAGGUGUUUAACAAAGCUAGAGCCCACAUCUCUGCCCCCUCACCGACCGUACGACUGUGCCAUCGACCUCCUCCCUGGAACAGCCCCUCCAAAGGGUCGUCUUUAUUCAUUGUCUGCUCCUGAAGAAAGUCCAUGGAGGACUACAUCAAUGGCUCCUCUGUCCGCAGGAUUAAUCCGUUCAUCUUCAUCUCCUGCUGGUGCUGGCUUCUUCUUUGUGGGGAAGAAGGACGGAUCUCUUCGCCCCUGCAUCGACUACGGGGACUCAACGACAUCACAGUGAAAAAAACCGUUACCCUCUGCCUCUGCUCACCUCUGCUUUUGGUUGCUCCAGGGAGCCACUGUUUUUACCAAGUUGGAUCUCAGAAACGCUUACCACCUAGUGCGGAUCCGGGAGGGAGAUGAAUGGAAAACCGCAUUCAAUACACCAACAGGCCACUACGAGUAUCUGGUUAUGCCUUUUGGCCUCACCAUGCUCCUGCUGUGUUCCAGGCUCUAGUGAAUGAUGUACUGCGGGACAUGUUAAACAAGUUUGUCUUCGUUUACCUGGAUGACAUCCUAAUCUAACUCCAAAACCUGUCUGAACACACCCGCCAUGUCCAGCAAGUCCUUCCAUCGUCUUCUGGAGAAUUCCCUCUACGCCAAGGCAGAGAAAUGUGAGUUUCACGUCAAGACAGUGGCCUUCCUGGGGUACAUAGUGGCAGAGGGAAGUAUCCAAAUGGAUCCUGCCAAAGUAUCAGCAGUCACUUCAUGGCCAGUUCCGGAGAACAGAAAGAAGCUGCAACAGUUUCUGGGGUUUGCUAACUUCUACAGAAAGUUUAUCCGGAACUACAGUACCGUUGCUGCCCCUCUCACUGCUCUAACCCAGCACCAAGCAACCCUUCACCUGGACCCCAGCAGCCGACAAAGCCUUCAGUACCCUCAAGGUGAGGUUCACCUCCGCUCCCAUCCUCCAGAUGCCUGAUGUGGGACCGGCAAUUCAUUGUGGAGGUGGACGCCUCGGAUGUGGGAGUUGGUGCUGUGAAUUUCUCAGUGGGCUGCGGAGGAUAGGAAGCUCCAUCCCUGUGCCUUUUUCUCACGUCGGUUGUCCCCCUCUGAGUGCAAUUACGACAUAGGGAACCGUGAGCUGCUGGCUGUGAAGCUUGCCUUGGAGGAGUGGCGUCACUGGCUGGAGGGGUCCACCAUUCCAUUCUCGUUUGGACCGAUCAUAAGAACUUGGAGUACAUCCGCACGGCCAAACGGUUGAACUCCAGGCAGUCCCGCUGGGCCCUGUUCUUCACCAGGUUUUAAUUUCACUCUGUCAUACCGGCCUGGAUCACGCAACACCAAGCCAGACGCCCUCUCCCGUCAAUUCCAGAAGGAUGACACCCCCUCCAAGGACCCUGUGUCGAUUCUGCCAAGUCCCUGCAUCGUUGCAGCUCUGACCUGGGCUGUUGAGGAACAGGUGCUGGAGGCUCUCCGUAACCAGCCAGGUCCCAGCACUUGCCCAGCUGACCGCCUUUUUGUCCCCGAAGACCUGAGGUCCCAGGUCGUUCAGUGGGGACAUGACUCCCGCCUAGCUUGUCACCCUGGCUCCACCCCGCACUUACAACCUGCUCGCCCAGAGGUUCUGGUGGCCCUCUCUGAGAAGGGAUGUACGGGAAUUCGUCCAAGCCUGCCCCAUCUGCAACCAACACAAGUCGUCCUGCCAGCCCCCCAGCCGGAUUGCUGCAGCCCCUGCCUGUGCCCAGACGUCCCUGGUCUCACAUCGCCCUUGACUUUGUCACGGGGCUGCCCCCUUCAAGUGGCAUGACCGUCAUUCUCACCAUAGUUGACCGUUUCACAGCAAGAUGGCACACUUCAUUCCCCUCCCCAAGCUCCCAACCGCCAAGGAGACCGCCCAGGUGGUCCUGGAACACGUCUUCCGGAUCCACGGACUGCCUAAGGAUGUAGUUUCUGACCGUGGUCCACAAUUCUCCCUCCGCUUUUUGGAAGGAGUUCUGUCACCUGCUGGGAGCCACAGUCAGUCUGACUUCCGGAUUCCAUCCCCAAUCCAAUGGGGCAGUCAGAGCGGGUUAAUCAGGAGCUCGAGAAGGCACUGCGAUGCAUGACUUCACGCAACCCCCACUCCUGGUCGCAGCAAUUGACAUGGGUGGAGUACGCACACAAUUCUCUGACCUGCUCUGCCAUCGGUAUGUCCCCUUUCCAAUGUGUUUAUGGAUACCAGCCUCCUCUAUUUGCCAGCCAGGAAGAGGAGGUUACUUGCCCAUCUGCACUUGCUUUUGCCCGUCGAUGUCGCCGCACCUGGUCACAAGCCCGAGCCACACUCCUCAGAUCCGUUGCCAGCUACACUACCGGGGCCAACCGUCGGAGAAUUCCUGCUCCCACCUACCAUGUUGGUCAAAGGGUGUGGUUGUCAUUGAAGAACCUGCCACUCAGGGUGGAGUCGCAGAAGCUGGCACCCUCGGUUCAUUGGCCCAUUCCCUAUCAUAAGAGUGAUUAGCCCAACUGCUGUCCGGCUCCAACUGCCUAAUUCCCUGAGGGUGCACCCCACUUUCCAUGUGUCUAAGAUUAAGCCCAUCCAUGAGAGUCCGCUGGUCCCUGCUGCGCCUUGUCCUCCUCCUCCACGGCUCGUCGAUGGUGGUCUGGUUUACACCGUCCGCCGCCUGCUUCGGUCCAGACGGAGGGGUAGGGGUCUCCAGUACCUCAUUGACUGGGAGGGCUAUGGACCUGAGGAAAGGACCUGGGUGCCAGCUAGUCGGAUUGUGGAUAGGACUCUCAUCACCGCUUUCCCACCAACGGCAUCCUGAUCAAACCUGCAAUCCGUAGGGGCCGCCCCAGAGGGGUCCCUAAACCGUCCCUGCCCGCUCGGCUUCCUGUCCUGUGCCUGAUCCUGUCUCGGGACCUGUCCCAUCUCCCGACCACGGCCCUCCGGCUUCCUCCGAGGAUGAGGACGUUCACUCGGACCGUUCGGAGGAGUUCUAGCCCUCUUCCGGCUCCCCUCCUCCCGCCCGGCGUGGUGUUGCUCUUGGGACUUCUGGGGCCGUCCCUUGGGGGGGGGGUUCUGUCAUGAGCCUCUCACUCCACCGGGUUACCACCUUAAUUUUCUUCCACUCUGCUCACCACUCUCUCUACUCAGCCUAACUAGCUCCACCUGUCCCUGCUCUGCUCUGCUCUAAUUACUCUGCCAGCUGCGCUGCAUUACCCACUACCUCUCCCAGUAUUUAAGGCCCUGUCUUUCAGCUCUCCGGUGUCAGAUCGUCUGCAAAGCUCACACCCGGAACCUGUUUACUCGCGCUUCUGGCUCACCCUGGUUUUUGUGACCCCGGACCUGCCUGAUUUUUGGAUACUCUUCUGCCCCAGGAGAUCCAGACCUGCUUCUGCCAUAACGACUCCUGACUACUCUUCAAUCCCGGUAACUCUGACCAGCCUUCUGCCUUGCUACUACGUAUUUUGGAUUUCCCUUGAACUGUACUGCUGCCUUGUUUCAUUCCGCCCUGUUGUGUCUGUGUCUCCCCCCCCCAGGACUUCUGGACCACCCACCACCGGCUUCAUAGGACGCAUCGCUGCCACUGGGGGGGGCACAGACCCAGCACAUUGGACGGGAUCCCUGUUACCCCUGGAGCCUUCAUUCACUCCCUACUUCCCUUUUCCCUUAAGUUUUAAUAAACUUUCUGGUGUGACGCAAUUGUGGUCCUCUGGUCGUCUGUCUGAACCGUGACACUCUGAGAAUGAGUGCACCACAGGAGGCUGCUGAGGAGAGGACGGCUCAUAAUAAUGGCCAGAACGGAGGGAAUAGAAUGGCAUCAAACACAUGGAAACCAUUUAUUUGAUACCAUUCCACUAAUUCCGCUCCAGCCAUUACCACGAGCCCAUCCUCCCCAAUUAAGGUGCUACCAACCUCCUGUGGAGUGCACAACUGGUAAAUAGUCGCUUAUAGAUAUGUCAGUCAGUCAGGCAGGCUGGAAUGCAUGCAGGAGGAAGCAGAGGCAGAGAGAGAGGAAGCAAGCAGAGAGAGAGGUUAGUACAGUGGUUCCCAAACUUGGGGUCGGAGCCCCAUGUGGGGUCCCCUGAGAAAAUGUGUACUCAUAUUAUCAAACAAGUUAGGAAGAUAUGUUUCAUUAUGAAUAUCUCCACAUGGCCUAUCUUCCCUAUAGGCCUGCAUUAAAAUGCAAUCAAAAUGCAAACAAUACAGUUCUAAAUAUGUUGUUUAGUCAAUGAUGCUAUGUCAGUGUGAAUCAUGACUCAUAUUUCCCCCCUUUCAGGGCUAUAACAUUACAAUUUGUAGAUCAACUGAGGUGAAUUAACCUACAGCAGCCAAGGUGAUCAUGGCUGCGGUCAUUUUGGCUUGUUUAUGCUGUUCUCCAAAUAGCAUUUGAAAGUGUUUUUAUUGUAUAGAAUGUCAGUAAAUGAGCUUCAACUUUCAGUGAGGUCCCCUUUUCAUACCUCACUAAAACUCAAACCCCUGCCCCCUCCUUCCCUCUAGAUCCCCCUCACGCCCCUCCUCCCCUCCCUCAUGUCACCACCAGCACCUCUCUGGCCAGGAUGUUUGUUAGAGCCUGAAGGAGGGAGAGGCGAGCUUGUGUUUUUUCUCCUGCUCCCAACCCCAGCCUGCCACAGAGGGCGGAGUGAUAGAGGGAGGCCAGUUUGAGAGAGAAGGGGAGAGGGGGAGGAAAGGAUGACUGCAGGAACAGCGUGAAAAAAGGAAAGAUCGGAAGUUGACAGCAAGGGCGGGAGACAUAGGGAAAUACAUUGAAAGUUCUCCCAGAGAUAAUCUGGUGUCACCAGGCCACCUUGCCAAAUGACAAAGAGACUGUGCAAACUGUCACCAAAGGCUGUGACUGACAUUUUUCUCCGUUUUAUUCUUAGAGACUAGACCGCACCCCGCUCUCCUCGUUACACGCAUGGAAGCACACACACACACACACACAGACACAGACACACAGACACACACACAAACACACACACAAGGAGAUAGAGAUGCGGAAGUGGAGUGGAAGUCCCUGACAUGUAUCUUGGCACUCAGGGAUAGGUCAUCAGUCACCCCCAGUGGUAACGGGCUGAGAUAAUGUUGCCUUUGUGUGUGGGGUGAAGGGGGAAGAUAUUACAUCUCUCCCAAGAACCUCAAUGUUACCCUUUCCCUGCUCAGACAAUGCACACAGACACACACGCACGCACACACUCACGCACACACAAACACACACACACACACACACACACACACACACACACACACACACAUACAGUAAUCUAUGUGGCAUUAUGUUCUAGCAUUAUUGAAACAGGUCUAAUUUCCCCUCUUUUCCUCUUAUCCUAUUAUUUUCUCCCAUUUCACUAUUAGAAGCAUGCAUAGCAGCAUCUUUAUCAGCCAUGGCUCUGGUAGUGAUAUAAUUAUUUAUCUCACUCUCCCCCUCUCUCGCUGUCUCUCUCUCUCCCCCUUCUCUCUCGCUCCCCCCCCCUCCUCUCUCUCUCUCUCUCUCUCUCUCUCUCUCUCUCUCUCUCUCUCUCUCUCUCUCUCUCUCUCUCUCUCUGAUGGGCAGAUUGCGGAGACGUAUGCCUUCCUGCCCAGGGAGGCAGUAACCCGUUUCCUGAUGAGCUGUGGUGAGUGUCAGAAGAGGAUGCACAUCAGCCCUGGCGGCGCAGAGUUCAAAGGUAAACAACCUCUCUGUCUCUCCCUGGACCACUGACUAGUGGCUCCGCCAGGCUCUGUUCAGGGCUAUUUGGUAAAGCUUCCGCAGUAGGCCUACAUUACUACUUACGUCUGUACUGUCUGUAAGACAGCGUAUGCAUACUGCAGACUCUUAGAGCAUGGAUGUAGAUGGACAGGGAUUUUCAUACGAGUUGUAAAAAGAACAGUUUUGAGCGCUGCUUGCUUUGCCCCCUCCUCCAUUCGUCCUCCUCCUGCUGCCACCCUAAAGGCGCCCCAUUCCCCCAUCUCCCAACCCCCUCCAUCAGAUACCCCCCCCCAGUUCUCCCCAGUCCUAUUAAACUAAUAGUCAUUGGAGUGUCUUGCCUCCUUCCUAACACACUGCAAUUAGCCCAAUUAGGGGGCUUUUAACAAAGGAAGAGAGAAGAGAGAGAGAGGUGAGAGAGAGAGAGAGAUCGAGAGAGAUCGGAGAGAGAGAGGAGAGAGAGAGAGAGAGAGAUAUAGAGAAGAGAGCGAUAGCGAGAGAGAGAGAGAGAAGAGAGAGAGAUAGAGAGGAGCAGCGGAGCUCGCUAUGCGAGAGAGAGGAUCAUCUCCGCGAGCCGGAGAGAUUUCUCUCUCGCUCUCGAUCGGCGAGAGGAGAGAAGAGAUUCGGAGAGACUGAAUGCGGUUAAGACGGAAAUGGAAAGAAAUCUGGAGUAGGACAGAAAGAUGGGGUGGAAAUAAUAAGGAAAUGGUGGGGAGAGAAAUAAAUGGAGUGAAAUCUUCAAUGGCUGUCCUGCUAUUUUAUACAUAUUUUAUUCCCUCUAUAUUCAGGGUCCCAUAUUGACAGAGGGGCUGUCAUGUACCUUCACAUAUGGAAGGUACAUCCAUAUUCCCACAAGAACAGAACAAUAGUUAUCCUCACCAAACCCCCUCCUCUGUCUUCAUCUCCAUCCCAUAAACACACAACGCAGCAAGAGAAGUGCUCCCAGGCCCGAUCUGUCUGUCACAGUGUUGUGUCAAUGCUGAGCGGCUAACAGUGGGCGUCGCUCAUAAAGAGAGCAGCUAAUUGGCUUCCUUCCCCAUGGGGGUCCACCCCUUCCCACCUCGACCCCCCAUCCCUGUAACCCCUCCAAUCCACCACCCCCCUCCUCUCCGCCUAAGCCACUCGCGCAAAAGUUCAGCGCUGAAUUAUUGAAUGCAAUUCAUUACUUUAUGCAGGGGCUCUUUUAAAUUGACAUCAGGCAGUCUUUCAUCCUUCGUCUCUUCAACCUUCAUCAUAACAUAUUGGUUAGGCAGUAGGAACAGGUGCAAAGGAGGUGUAGGUUAGGGCCCAUAUUCAUAAAGCCCUCAGAGUAGGAGUGCUGAUCUAUGAUCAGUUUUUUGCCUUUUAGAUCCUGAUGAAUAAGAUUACAUGGACAGGAGGGACCUGAUCCUAGAUCAGCACUAGAUCUGAGAAGCUUUAUUAAUACGAGCCUAGGUCGCUGGUCCUGUGCUGAUUUCCUCCGUUCUCAUUUUGAACUCAGUUUCUCAGCUGACAAGUCUAGUCUCUGUCGUUUCAUUUAUCUGCUGAGCUACUAAGGGACAAUGUUCUGGAGUCUGGAGUCCUGAAGGGGGGAAAUACAAGGCAGACAAUCUAUACCUCCCGAGUGGUGCAGUGGUCUAAGGCACUGCAUCUCAGUGCUUGAGGCGUCACUACAGACCCCCUGGUUCGAUUCCAGGCUGUAUCACAACCGGCCGUGAUUGAGAGUCCAACAUCGGCCCAGCGUCGUCAGGGUUUGGCCGGUGUAGGCCGUCAUUGUAAAUAAGAAUUUGUUCUUAACUGACUUGCCUAGUUAAAUAAAGGUAAAAAUAAAUAAAUAAAUAAAUAGACAGGAGCGCAAUCGAUUACUGAUUGAUAGAGUGAGUGUACUGUAGGUGAUAGGUUGUUUGAUAGCUCUGAUUGAUUAGAGUCGAUAUGAUCCUUGGAGAGGAAGACCCUGUACGUCAUGUGAUGAGGAAGACGGACCAUUGCUUGCACUUGAAGUAUAAUGUCAAUGCAAUACAAGAGAGGAUGUAUACCAGUUCAGUUAUAAAGAGUUUGCAGUUAUUUUGUUAUAUGCUAUAUCAUAUAUUAUAUUAGAGAAGUCUUUAAAAAUGGUAUAAAUAAGUUCAAAUGCACAAGCAUCUUAAUGUAGGAUGUCCACUUAGUGGUUUAAUGCACCCAUUACAUAUACUGUAAAUGUCCAAACACAUUAAGGCAAUUACAUUACAUAUAAAACGAAAGAUAAAACAGUACAUCAUAUAACAUUAAUACACCACUACAUAUCUACAAUACAAAAUCUAUAAUACCAUCAUACAACAAUAUUACAAUGUACGUGUGUGUAGAGUGCGUGUGCUAGCGUGCGUAUCCGUGUGUGUGUCUCUUCACAAUCCACGUUGUUCCAUAAGGUGUAGUAUGAUCUGUUUUUUUUAAAUCUGAUUUUACUGCUUACAUUAGUUACUUGAUGUGGAAUAGAGUUCCAUGUAGUCAUGGCUCUGUGUAGUACUGUGAAUUUCCCGGAGUCUGUUCUGGACUUGGGGACUGUGAGGAGACCCCUUGUGGCAUGUCUUAUGGGGUAUGCAUGGGUGUCUGAGCUGUGUGCUAGUUGUUUGAACAUGUCAAUACCUCUCACAAAGACAAGUAAUGAUGCAGUCAAUCUCUCCUCUACUUUGAGCCAGGAGAGAUUGACAUGCAUGUCAUUGAUGUUAACUCUCCGUGCUGCCAGCCGUGCUGCUCUGUUCUGGGCCAACUAAUUUGCCUAUGUCCCUCUUUGUGGCACUUGACCAUAUGACUGAGCAGUAGUCCAGAUAUGACAGAACUAGGGCCUGUAGGACUUGUUUUGUUGAUAGCAAUGUCAAAAAAGCAGAGCAACGCUUUAUUACGGACAGACCUCUCCCCAUUUUAGCUACCGUUGCAUCAAUAUGUUUGACCAUGACAGUUUACAAUCCAGGGUUACACCAAGCAGUUUAGUCUCCUCAACUUGCAGUUUAGUCUCCUCAACUUGCUCAACUUGCUCAAUUUCUACAUUAUUUAUUACAAGAUUUAAUGAAGGUAAUCUAUACAUAGAGUAAGAGCUGAUUCUGGUCAAAGAAGCUGCUUGUUUGUUUCUGCGUGCUUGUGGAAGCUGCCAGGGACAGUCAUUUGGUGGCUUUGCUGCUCUCUUUAUGAGCAAUCCACCCUCUUCUAUCUCUCUCGCACACGUACAUUUACAUUUACAUCAUUUAGCAGACGCUCUUAUCCAGAGCGACUUACAAAUUGGUGCAUUCAACUUAUGAUAGCCAGUGGGACAACCACUUUUCUUCUUUCUUUUUUUUUUAUAGGGGGGUGUGGGGGGGGGGGGGGGGGGUAGAAGGAUUACUUUAUACUAUUUCAGGUAUUCCUUAAAGAGUUAGGGUUUCAAGUGCCUCCGGAAGGUGGUUAGUGACUCCGCUGUCCUGGCGUCGUGGGGGAGCUUGUUCCACCAUUGGGGUGCCAGAGCAGCGAAUAGCUUUGACUGGGCUGAGCGGGAACUGUGCUUCCGUAGAGGUAGGGGGGCUAGCAGGCCAGAGGUGGAUGAACAUAGUGCCCUCGUUUGGGUGUAGGGUCUGAUCAGAGCCUGAAGGUAAGGAGGUGCCAUUCCCCUCACAGCUCCGUAGGCAAGCACCAUGGUCUUGUAGUAGAUGCGAGCCUCAACUGGAAGCCAGUGGAGUGUGCGGAGGAGCGGGGUGACAUGAGAGAACUUGGGAAGGUUGAACACCAGACAGGCUGCAACGUUCUGGAUAAGUUGUAGGGGUUUAAUGGCACAGGCAGGGAGCCCAGCCAACAGCGAGUUCCAGUAAUCCAGACGGGAGAUGACAAGAGCCUGGAUUAGGACCUGUGCCGCUUUCUGUGUAAGGUAGGGUCGUACUCUGCGAAUGUUGUAGAGCAUGAACCUGCAGGAUCAGGUCACCGCUUUGAUGUUAGCGGAGAACGACAGGGUGUUGUCCAGGGUCACGCCAAGGUUCUUUGCACUCUGGGAGGAGGACACAAUGGAGUUGUCAACGGUGAUGGCGAGAUCAUGGAGCGGGCAGUCCUUCCCCGGGAGGAAGAGCAGCUCCGUCUUGCCGAGGUUCAGCUUGAGGUGGUGAUCCGACAUCCACACUGAUAUGUCUGCCAAACAUGCAGAGGUGCGAUUCGCCACCUGGUUAUCAGAAGGGGGAAAGGAGAAAAUGAAUUGUGUGUCGUCUGCGUAGCAAUGAUAGGAGAGACCAUGUGAGGAUAUGACAGAGCCAAGUGACUUGGUGUAUAGAGAGAAUAGGAGAGGGCCUAGAACUGAGCCCUGGGGGACAUCAGUGGUGAGAGCACGUGGUGCGGAGACAGAUUCUCGCCACGCCACCUGGCGUACACAUGCACACUUAAAAAAAGUAUUCUGGGGUGAAUUGAAAUUGACAAAAAAACAAAAAAACAUAUACUUUAUUAAAAUAAAUGUAAGUUGUUUCAAUGAUUUGUUAAUUUAAAUGAUUUAUGUGAUUUAAUAUACUAAAUUGUCAUCAUAUUUCUCUCUACUUAAUAAUUUUAAGUUACUGCAACAAUUUUGCCUCUUGCCUCUGUUUUUAGAGGAAUGUGGGUAAUUCAAAAUGUUUUGAAGAAAAGUAUAUUUACAUAUUAGAAUUAAGCAGUUUGUUGUGCAAAGAGGUGUACUGGAUCAUGAUGGACGGAUAUCAAAACCGUCAGGCAAAUUGUCGUUCAAUGAUGAGACCACCCAUUCCUUCCAUCACCACUCUGAAUGAUGGAGGCAAAUGCAGCUUCCUGCAAGUGGUGGAAAAAGUACCCAAUUGUCAUACUUAACGAUGCCUUAAUAGAAAAUGACAAAAAAAGUGAAAGUCUAAAAGUAUUUUAAAUAUACUUAAGUAUCAAAAGUAAAUGUAAUUGCUAAAAUAUACUUAAGUAUCAAAAGUAAAAGUAUAAAUCAUUUUAAAUUCCUUAUAUUAAGCAAACUAGACAGCACAUGUUAUUGUUUUUUAAAUGACUUUUGUUUGUAUGCAUGUUCUGUAUGCAGGCUAUUAUAGUGGCCACAGUGCAGCCUCAGGUUCUGUACUCCCAUAUUAAAUGGCCCUCUAGUGUCCACUUAGAGCACUGCCACCCAGGCAGAGUCCAUUGGCUUGUGCAUGUACAGAUAGCUGGGUCAUGUUCAUUAGGGGACUCAACAGAAAACGUCUUAAAACGAAAACAAGCAUUUCUAAAGUUCAGGUAGUGCCUCGCUCUUUCAGUUUGUUUUCUUAAAUUUUGGUGCCUAAUGAACGUGACCCUGUAUGUGUUUUGGUUCAAGAAUGAGAUUUAGGGAGAAUGAGAGUCAUAAUACUUUGUGUACAAUCUUCACAGAGAAUGACAGACCGACAUCACUGGUGCCGGAUCUCAUCGACUACAACAUGCCGCUGACCACCACCUAUCUGAAGCAGAUGAAACUCCAGUGCAUGAGUACCAAUGAGCAGGUAAGGCCA